GUUGGGUUGAUUCUGAUAAGGAUAGGAGGAGAUGAUGACAUUAGAAUUUGGGCAAAUUGCUAUUUAUCUGACAGAGAGUUAACUGUAUUUGUUGAAGUUUUCAACACUUUUGAACCUUCUAGUUUGUCUAUUGAAGGUAGCUGGGUGGAUCUAGAUGAGAGUGACAGUGAUACUGGGAGUGGGAGUGAGAGUGGGUCUGAGAGUGGGUCUGAUAGUGAGAGUGGGGAUAAUGUUGUUGGUGUAGAGUGUGUUACUCAAGAGAAUAAUCUUGCUGGGGUUGGUAAUGGGAUUAGUAGUCACAAUGAUGUAGGUGAUGAUAAUAUUGCUGGGGAUGGUAGUCUUGCUGGUGAGGGGACUAGGAGUCAGUAUGAUGCAACUGAAGAUAAUCUUGAUGGUGAGGGUAAUCUUGCUGGGGUUGACAAAGGAAAAGGUGUUCAUUUGAGUGACGCAGAGGGUAAUAAGGAUACUGAGUAUUCUACUGACUACUAUGAUGAAUUCUUUGAUAGUGAUUAUGACAUGAAGGAUGCUAGUAGUGAAGAUGAUGAUGCAUUGUUCUUUGAUCAUGUAGAUGCAAGUGCUAAUGGAGAGAGUGAGUCAGAGUCUAUUGACAGUGAUAAUGAAGAUGUGGUUGCUAAUCCUGAUAAGUUGGAUGACUUAGUUGAUAGUGAAAAUGAGGCAGAGGUAGAGACUCCUGUUUUCAAUCCUGAACUCAUAUUUGAUCCUGUGUUUGAGUUGGGAAUGGUUUUUGCAACUAAACAGGAGUUUAGAAAGGCCAUUCAAUCACAUUCAAUCAAAACAAAAAGGACCCUAAAGACAAUUAAAAAUGAUAAGAUUAGGGUCUAUGUUAGAUGUGAUGAUGAAGGCUGUAAAUGGAGGUGUAAUCUUUUACAAAUGAAGGGACAAUGUAGUUACCAGAUUAGAGAGUAUAAUCCCACUCAUACAUGUCAUGGGAGCUUCAAUGUGAAGAACACUAAGUCUAAGUGGCUGAGUGAGAGGUACAUUAGCAAUUUUCAAACUGACCCAAAGAGAAGUGUGAAGGGUUGGAGGUUUGAUGUAAUUCAUGAGCUGAAUGUGAAUAUCUCCAAAGAUCAGGCUUAUAGAGCUAAAAGAAGGGCCAUGAAU